UCGUUUUGGAGUGUUCUUGAUGUUUGUAAUUAAGCUCGAUUCUUAUUCCUUAAAAUGUUUGCCCUAUUAGCCAAAAACUUUAGGACAUAUACAAGACUGGAAAUACUUUUGUAUCUCCUGUUGCCUCUGUUAAUGUUACAUUUAGUUAUUUUGCGAUGCCACGGAGAUAAGAACACUAUCCAGUGUUCAGAGCGACGUAAUGGAUUGCUUGGAGGUAAUACGAAACUGUAUCCGCUGCAGAAUUUCCUAGAAAGUUCCAAUGAUGUGGGUCUCGUUUGGAAACUUUUACUAUACACGAAUGCAGAUUCAAUGGCGGAUAAACUUGUACCCGCAUUAAGAAAUUCCUUACAGCUGAGUGAUGUGAUUCGAGUUAAGAACGAGGCUAAUAUGGCUAAAUAUCUAAUUAAUGGCAACUAUUUGGGCGGCAUACUUUGGAAGGUCAAGGAUAUGGACACCGAAGUAACCAUUCGGUUUCCCAGUAUCCUGCGAACUAGGCCGGACAAUCUUUGGCAUACGGAUAAAAGAAUAUCGGAUCUUCCAGAGUCCUACUACUCCGAUGAGGGAUUCUUGCAAAUAAUAAAUGCUAUUACUGCAUUUCUAAGUCAACCGGACUCUAACCAGGCUCAUAAGAAUUCUGACGUAACGAUCGCAUCACAUCCAUUUAUUCUUGAUGGAAAAUAUAAAAAUUAUUUAAAUCGCGUACUUUUCGAUCCAACUAAAAGGCGAGAGGAAUAUAUUUUGGGCUUCUACCUUGGCGUCUUGUACAUUUAUCCUUUUAUCCGAUUGGUUAUGCAUAUGACCAGGGAAAAGACGAGACAGCAAGUUGAUUUAAUGAAUAUGGCAGGGUCAAAUCGGUUCUUGCACUAUUUAUGCUGGUUUAUAUCCACUUUUGUUGUCUUAUUCAUUAUUAAUUUACUGACUAUAUUUUUACUUAAGGUAAGAAUUUACUUGAAAAUGCAGAGAUUUUCAAAAAGGAUUUAUAUUUAUUAAUUUAAUAUUAGUUUAUUGAAUUUGUUUAUAAAGCAGCUAUAAAAUAGCUAAAACAGUUCUAGCUAGAACACCAGCACAGAAUAUGUAUCGAUAUAUCGAAUAGUGGCGCCAUCUGUUUAGCAAUUUCCUGAACUAAAACAAUCUUUGCAUUAAAUAUUUAUUUAUUUAAUUAUUUUCUUUCUUUUCAGGCGGCUUUCUGUAAAAAUGGAAGUGUCUUACAGUGCUCAAAUUUCUGGGCUUUACUUUUUGUCUUUUUCAUAUGGUCAUUGUGUGGCAUUUGCUUUUGUUUCUUAGUUUAUAGUUUAAUUAAUAAUGUCAUAUUGGCUGCAUUUGUGGCAGCUUUCUUCUGCAUUCUAGGAUUUCUGCUUUUUGCAUUUUUUCACUCAAUGUUUAUAAUUCUGGACUAUAUUCUCAGUAUAUUACUGCAGUAUGCUUUCCUAGCAGUCCUAAGGCGUAUACUUUAUUUCGAAUAUUAUGAUAAUACAGGACUGCAGUGGCAUCAUAUGAUUUCAUUUAAAAAUACUUCUCAGUCAGGCUUAACUAAUGACGUUGGUUAUAUUCU